AUGUCUCAAACUGAUGAGUCGGAUAUCGAGCUGAAAACACGUUUUGGGGGCAGGUGCUCGUUUUGUAUCAAGGCUUCCACUUCGCCUCGAGACAUUCCUCGGCUCACUGAGAGAAGCCUGCAAGCAACAACAAAAUCAGCCGAUCACUCCGUGAAAUGGAUUGACGAUGAAGGAAUCCUGUACAAUUUCGUCACAACGAGAGCU